AUGGUACGCAGACAUCAUCACCACCAUCACCAUCAUGCUGGUCUUGUUGGUCUCGGCUUGGGUCUAUUGGGAGGUGUUGCCAUUGCUUCUGCCGUUGCGAGUAGUGAACCAACGACCACCAUAACGACAAGACCUUCUUCCGUGUUUUGGCAUGGUACCACUUGUCCGCGAUGGCUUCCUGUUGGAUUUGUAGUGCCUCAACAUUUCUAUACUCAUAGAAGCACAUGGAUCACUCAGGCCCAAUCCCUCUUCUAUCAACAUGUCAUGUUCGGUGCCAACUAUCUCAACAAACGAGGCUUCAAGAGAGCGAUGGCUUGUCUCGGCCUACACAAACAUCAAGCCAAACACUUGUUUUUCAUGAUGGAUACGGACCGUAAUGGAGUGAUUACUCUUGACGAAUUCAUUAAUGCUUACCUCUUUGUCAUGUCAGGUGGAAUGGCUUAUAAGGGAACUGGAUUUACUGUUCAACCUGUAGUGACAUCGACUGUGUAUUGUUCACCACAACCACCGCCACAGCAACCAGGAUAUUAUCAACCACAACCACCAUCGUAUCAACCUCCUUUUAAUCCACAGUCUGCUUAUUUACCUCAAUCUCAACCUCAAUAUGUACCAUCGACUCAAGUCUAUCAACAACCACAACAUUACAUGCCACAACCUUCCGUGCCACCACAAAAUCAAAUUUAUCAACAACCAAACACUUUUAAUUAG